AUGCAUGGAACAAAAUUCGCCCCACAUUCAUUGUUAGCAUUUCGGAUUGGUGUCCGCUCGAGAGAGAAGCUCCGUCGCCGCCAUCUCUCGCUCGGCUUUGAAUUUUACAGUUUCUCCUCUUCAUUCCAUGUGUCCCGAUCCGGACCAUCCCGUACAUAUAAAUAUGGCAAGCUUGUAACUUUUGAAGGGCCCCUUAUAGGCGAGUGUUGUGGGAAUAAAAGAAUGGAAAGAAAGCCUUCUUUUAGGAGGCGUGUAUUUGUUCGGACCGAAACCGGCAUUGUUUUGGGUAUGGAAUUAGAUAGGAGUGACAAUGCUCAUACCGUUAAGAGGAAAUUACGAGCUUGCCCUCAAUGUCCCAACCGAAGAGAGGGCGGCCGAGUCACAAGCAUUCGGUGCAUGUUGGAGAGACCGGAUUCGGCAGAAGCGGCAAGAUACCUUCCGACUAUGAUCACUUUGCCAAAGUGCCCUCAACUCGCCCUUAUGAAGCAGUUCAUACCUCAUGAUUUUGAUCUCGGCGACUAUGGGACUUCAAGCUUUCCCGUUGUCGUUGUGCAUAGGAUAGGAAUUUUAGAUAUACGGAUCCUCAAUACCGAUAGACAUGCCGGGAACCCGCCGGUCAAGAAGCUCGAUAGGAUUGAGAGGUUUGGUAAGGUAGAGCUCAUACCCAUUGAUCAUGGCCUUUUCCUUCCCGAGACUUUGGAGGAUCCAUACUUUGAGUUGAUCCAUUGGCCGCAAGCAUCAAUUUCGUUCUCCGAGGAUGAACUUGAGUAUAUCGGUAGUCUUGACCCUUUCCAAGAUUCCGAUAUGCUUCGGAGAGAGCUUCCAAUGAUUCGAGAGGCAUGCCUCGUAGUCUUGGUUGUUUGUAUAAUUUUCCUCAAGGAAGGAGUAGCUUUUGGUCCGUGUCUUGUUGAGAUUGGUAAAAAUGUGCGAAAUCCACUUUCCAAGCUAGAGGAGAGUGCGGAGGGAGAGGCGGACACCGAGGGGGAGGAAUUGAAUUUAAGCACGGAUGAAUAUGUUGACUCCUCACAAGACAAGGUUACAACUCGUUUUAAGCAUGUCCAUGUUAUUAAAAAAAAAGGUGGUGGUGAGAAGAGUUGGCUAUACGGGGGUGAAAUACGAAGAAGUUAUUUGGUCGGUACUUCUUUCGAAAAUGUGAGUGUUAAUGAGCGACUUCCCGCAAGCAUGAGUUUUGUGAAGCUAUCCGAUCCGGAUGAAGGGGAGUGGGUUCGAUUUCUUGAGAAAUUCAAGAAAUUGUUAUAUCCAAACUUUUGCUAA